CAAAUAUGGCGUCUCCGCUUCCGGGUUUGGAUGUGCUGCUGUUGUCGGUCGGAACACCUCAUUUUUAAUAAGAAAUGUGCAAGAGAUGAACUCAAUAAACCAUCUUUGUGGUUUCUAGAGCUCAGCUGGAGCGUUUGUGCAUCCAAGUUGCUAUCAACAACCAAGCCUUGCCAUCCUUCCCAGAGCUAGGACAGGAGAGCCCCACGGCCAUCCAGCUGCAGCCCACAGGGACUAUGGCGACCCAGGAAGCCACUCCAGGCAGCCAGUCCGAGGAGAGCAGUGCCUUGGAUUUGCCAACGGUUAAUGACAUAAGAGAUUACGUGCUGCAGAGACCCCAUCAGGAGCCCGACAGCGAGCCUUUUAGUUCUGUAGAAGCCCUUUCUAGUCUUUGCUCUUCUGAUCUGGAUCCAGAUAUCAAUAACCUAAAUUCUGAACAAAAUGAUUCCUGGACCUCUGAGACCUUCUGGCUGGACCCUUCUGUGAAGGGCCAGGUGAAGACCAAGGCAGAGGAUGAUGGGCUUCGGAAAUCCCUGGAUAGAUUCUAUGAAAUGUUUGGCCAUCCACAGCUGGCCUCUGGAGAUCCACUCUCCGCAUCAGUCUGCCGGUGCCUGUCUCAGAAAAUCAACAAACUGAAGGCCCAGGAGACCCGAAAGUAUGCCCUCCGCAGUUUCCAAAUGGCCCGGGUCAUCUUCAGCCGGGAUGGCUGCUCGGUCUUACGGAAGCAUUCCAGGGCCGUCCACUUCUACCCACUGGGAGAAGGAGGUGUGUCUCUGGAUGACGAAAAGCCAACCCCGGGACUUUCAAAAGAUAUCAUCCAUUUCCUCUUGCAGCAGAAUGUGAUGAAAGACCUUUAAGUAGUGCCUGGUGGUAAGAGCAGGCAGCAUGGAGGGUGGUCCAAUGGUCAACACUGUUAGUGCUUCACCCACUUCCCCUUCAGCUUCUCUUGCCGGCUGCUCUGUGUGUCCAGCCACCCCCGACACACACCGGUAUGUCCCGCCCCCUGUGUCCACACCACCUGCCACCCCACCCUACCACUCCCUUUGACUUAAGACCAGUGACUGACUGUGGAACCCAGAAGCACAGCUUCCUUGCCCCAAGGGCAUGCUCUGAGGCAUAAUUGACUCUCCAGAGCUCCCCUCUGGAUCAGGCCAAGACUGGGACUUCACAUGAAAUCCUUGCUCAGCGCCUGCUGUUUCCCUGUACUCCCCCCAUUCAUCUACUGGUGUCUCCCAGGAGUGUUUCCUUAAUACAUCCCUGGUACCUGAAUCCUUGACUCAGAGUCUACUUCUGGGGGAUCCUAACCUAAGGGAACAGGCUUUCUUCAUUAGAUGAGUUUUUUAAAGGAUUUAAAGCUCUGUGCCAAAUCAAGCAUAAGAAUUAUACCAAGUUGUAAAACUGAGACCAUGUGACUGAGAAUGUAUUUCCCAAAAUAACAUAAAGAUUUAAAUACGGUUCCAAAAAGGACACCAUAUCUUCCUCAUACCCUUGCCUCUCCAAAGCCAGAAUUCCCUGUUUUGUAAUUCUGACAGGGUGUGGAAGGAACAUUUGGAUCAUCUAAAAUAAGAGCGAAGAUUUGCAAAUUUAAAAAAAAAAGUGGGGGGGAGGGGCUCUUGGUCUCCACCAGAUUGCCAACGUGGAAGGUGUGAAGGAAACAAAUGUGCGCCACCUACUGAAGGACGCGUCAGUUUAGUUAUGCCAUGACAGGCUGAUGGGACGCGGCCUUGGCAGUCUGUGGCGGAAGAGAACAAGGACUCCUUUGCCCAGGUGGACGCCUCCCUGUCAUUUUUGCCUUCUGCCCGCACCCUCUGUCACCCUUGGAGCAGCUGGCCCCUCACCCGUCCCAUCCUUGCUCCACCAGGGAGUGGCUUUAAAUAGCCGGUGCCGGCUUGCGCUGGCAGAUGCUCUGCUCCACGGCCGUGUCCUGACCCCCCACCCCACCCCCGAUUGAGACUCGGGUGGUAGAAUGACAUCACCUGGCACUGAGCUCUUGGAAGCUGUAACUGGAGCCCUCGUACAGCCCUGCCUCGGCAGCCCUUCAAAUAAAUUACAUUGGCAGAAAGAGUUCUAUUGUUUGUCUGGGGAAACAACAAGAUGAGGCUGGCAAUGCUGUGCAGUUAGAUUUUGAGAAACUUGGGGUGAAAUUUCAUUGGCCUUAGGCUCCAUAUGCCUGCCAAGAAACGGAGUGUGUAAUCUCCGCUUGCAAUGGAUCGGCCUUGAGUGAGUGAACCCUCUCAGGCAGGUCUCCUGGGGACUCUCGGAGGGGAGAACACAGGCUUUGAAAGGUCAGGGAUUACAUACUAAGGCCUUCAGGGCUGGGAAAAUCAGAGGUAAGAAACAGUGUUUCACACUGAAGUGCAGAAGCAUCUUGGAAGGAGACCUGAAAUGAGCAGGUCUUUGAGAGCUACUUGAAGAAAAUGACUCCGUGUUUCCCUCUGACAAGCCAUUGUGUGAAUGUGUCCCGAGGAGCUUCUCCUAUGCAGCUGCCCGCCCUCCACUACCCUCCCCCCCCCAAAUAAUCAUGAAACCAGUGGCACUUAGAAUUGAAAAUGUGCAGGCUGAAUUUUAGCGUGGCUCAAAUUAAUAGAUGCAUUGGAAGAAUGCUGUCAUUUUUAGUGUUAUUCAGCCACUGAAAGGAAUAUUGGAGAUUAGUUUCCAUGGCCACCAACAGAAGGAAACUGGAUUGUUUUAUACUUUUUUUUAAAAGACAGAAGAUGGAAGCUAUUUGAAUCUCCAUGCCAGGAAGCAGCAGCUUCUGUUUGGCACUGAGAUUUCAGUAUUGGUUAUUUUGUACCCUUCAUUAUUAUCAGCGCUGAGGGUGCUCAGGAAGAGGUAGACUCUGAAACCAGAGAAUUUAAAAAUCUAGAAGCUAGAAUCAUCUUAGGGUGGAAAAAAAAAAG